GCAAGUUUUACAAGUAGGUACGUUCCGUUAUACGACCUGAAAAGAAUAUGACGUUGAUAAGAUUAUGACGCUCCGUUUGUUCCUUGCAGUCACGUUAUCACGUACCAAGAUCAGCGCCAUCUAGUCAUCAGUUGGGAAAAGAAUUAAAGAAAAUAAAAAGAAAAUCUUCCUUCUGGUUACCUGUGACAAAUAUGUUAACAGAUAAUGUAUGCGUACAAAUUAUUUGUGUCUAUCGUUAAAAUAUUAUCUCAAUAAUGUAUGUCGAUGGUCUUGAGCAAUUUUUUAUCACUGACAGCGGAUAAGAGGCAAGGGGAACGCAGUCUAAUAUAAUCUGUGAUCAACCAGAAAGAAAUGUCAAUACGCUGUCUGUUUAGCAAAGCAUUGUAUGAUUGUAGUGAUUGUAGUAUUGUGAUUAAUCCAUCAUAAAAGUGAGCAUGUACGACAGUACAUGCGGUGCCGCUGCUAGCGGGCAAUGCGGCAAGUCGCAGCCCGACGGUGAUGGCCCGCCACCUCGGGAGCCCCCGCCCGCGCCCCUGGAGCGAGACUACAGCGGGUUUGAUAUAGUGAAGGCUACGCAGUACGGCGCUUUCGCUCGCGUCAAGGAGCUCGUAGAGGCGGGAUGGGACGUGAACCAGCCGGAUCACGAGACUGUUACGCUGUUGCAUUGGGCGGCGAUAAACAACAGGCGCGAGAUCAUCCAGUACCUGUUGUCGAAGGGCGCCGCCGUGGAUGCCGUCGGUGGCGAGUUGCAGUCGACGCCGCUACACUGGGCGACGCGGCAGGGCCACCUCGAGGCCACGGUGCUGCUGGUGCGCGCGGGCGCGGACCCGGGGCUGCGCGACGCGGAGGGCUGCGCCUGCCUGCACCUGGCGGCUCAGUUCGGCCACACGGCCGUGGUGGCGUACCUGGUGGCGCGCGGCGUGGCGGCCGACGCGCCCGACGCCGCCGGCAUGACGCCGCUCAUGUGGGCCUGCUGGAAGGUGUCGGCCGUGGACCCGGCGCGCCUGCUGCUCACGCUGGGCGCGUCGCCGCGACCCGCCGACCGCUCGCACGGGAACACUGCCCUGCACUGGGCCAUUCUAGCCAGGAACACCACUGCCAUAUCUACUCUCAUCCUCUAUGGCGAUGCCAGCUUAGAUGUGCCCAACCUGCGUGGAGUGACGCCUCUAGCAAUGCUCCAAGCAAAUGCCGACUCACUCUGGGUGGGCUCUAAAGUAUCAGACAAAAUAAAAGAGCAUUCACUAGCCGCAAACAAAAAGAACAUAUUUAGGAGAUUGACUUAUGACAAGAAGUUCCGGUGGUGGUGCGUGGUGGUGAUGCCGUUCGUGGCGUUCUACCUGACGGGGCUGGUGCUGGAGAUGGACGCGCUGUACCUGGUCAAGGCCUUCCUGCUGGUGUGCUUCUACGGCGCGCUGCACUUCCUCAGCAACCUGCUGUUCGACGACGACCUUAAGAACAUAUUCCCGCUCAGUGUCUACCUCGCGACAAAGGCGUGGUUCUACAUCACGUGGGCGGUGUUCAUCGCGGGCGUGGUGGGCGCGGGCGCCACGCUGCUGUUCGCGCUGUGCUCGGCGGCGCUGUGGGCCAGCUUCCUGCGCUCGUGGCGGUCCGACCCCGGCGUCAUCAGCGCCUCGCGCCAGGACAAGCUGCGCACCAUCAUCGAGCUGUCGGAGUCGGCCCGCGGCGGCUUCGAGCCCGCGCGCUUCUGCUCCGCCUGCCUCGUGCGCCGCCCGCUGCGCUCCAAGCACUGCUCCGUGUGCAACCGCUGCGUGGCCAAGUUCGACCACCACUGCCCCUGGGUGGGCAACUGCAUCGGGGCCAACAACCACCGCUACUUCAUCGCGUUCCUCGUGAGCCUGCUGGUGAUGUGCGCGUGGAUGCUGUGGGGCGGCGCGCAGUACUUCGUGUCGGAGUGCGGCGCCGACGACGCGGGCGCGGCCGCCGUGCUGCUGCAGUGGGCGCAGUGCAACGCUUGGCUGGCCUGGGUCAUGCUCAACGCUUGCUUCCACUUGUUCUGGGUGUUCGUGCUGACGUGCUGCCAGCUGUACCUGGUGAGUGUGCGGGCCGGCUGCGGUGCGCUGCCGCCGGUCGCCUGCGCUGACGCGGCUCUGUGCCGGCAGGUGGUGUGCCUGGGCAUGACGACCAACGAGCAGCUGAACCGCAGCCGCUACCGACACUUCGUGGCGCGAGGCGGCCGCUCGCCCUUCACGCGCGGCCCGCUGCACAACUGCGCCGACUUCUUCGGCUGCGGCGCCUGCGGGCUGCUGGCGCCGCGCUCGCGGGACUGGGCGGCCGCCGGGCUGGACGACGACGCCGCCGAGCCCAUGCUGCAGCACUACGUGUGAGCCGCGAGCGCCGGCGCCGGCCAGCCCGUCUAGUGCCGCGCCGGCGCCUCCCGGCCCGUCUAGUGCCGCGCCGGCGCCUCCCGGCCCGUCUAGUGCCGCGCCGGCGCCUCCCGGCCCGUCUAGUGCCGCGCCGGCGCCUCCCGGCCCGUCUAGUGCCGCGCCGGCGCCUCCCGGCCCGUCUAGUGCCGCGCCGGCGCCUCCCGGCCCGUCUAGUGCCGCGCCGGCGCCUCCCGGCCCGUCUAGUGCCGGCCUGUCUUCGCCUCAAGCUCAAACUCCACUAUAGUGCAAUCGAGUAGAGCGGAGUCAUUCGUUUUAGCACUAUAAUAUGUCCCACGCAGCCCUAGAGCUGGUGGACAUUUUAGAGUAGGUAUUUGAAUCAAGCUAUACACAAAAGCACAGACCAGGCUAGAGAGGUGUUGAUUUAAUCAACUUAUAAGUGCAAACAAUAAUGAUAAAAUAAAUAGUGAAAUGUCCCCCCCCCCCAGUCCGAACUGUAGUUAACUGCCUCCCUGUUCUAGUGGUGUCAAGCACGGCUGCUAUGCACCAGGUCUCGGGUUUGAUUCCUGGAUCGGGCCGUAAACGCUUUAUUAUCACUAUAAUAUUUCCUGCGUAACUGACUGAUGUCAACCGAUAUGAGAACAGCCACCGUGGCCGAGAUCGGCCCUGGAUGCCGUGUGUAGGGCUGUCAAAGCCUUUAUAUACCUUCUCAAAAAUGCCUACCAGCUCCAGCAAGAGCGCACUGCAAAGCUUGGCACUGACAGACAUGUCUCCGUGCAGCUCCGCUCUAGUGGAGUCUGGGCCUCAGUAUGAUUUCUAAUGUUAUAGAUAUGAUAUACAUAUCUGUUAAUUGACUUUUAUGCUGACGAACAAUUAUUUUACCUGAGUGUAUAAUAUUAUUUUAGUACAAUAUCGUGUUGAGGUUCAGACAAAAGAGGUAAAUUUAAGGUUAUAAGAAACGAAGCUUCCUUCUUCUAAGAUCGUCCAGUUUUUAACUCUAUUUAUUUGAAUGUACAUGCUACCAAAUAUGUCACUUGUACCAUAAUAAUACUUAUUUAUAUUAUAAUUAUCAUCAAACGGAUUUUUUUGAAUUAGCGAGUAUCACAUGGCUGCAUAGUACACAUAUUUGAUAAAUAAAGACAUUAUGUCUUACGAACGAUAUUGUCUAGUGCAGACUCGCAGAGAUACAUCCAAACGCAUAAGGCGUAGUGUCGCCGACUUCCGGCCGCGGGCCUGGUCACGCCAGUCGGCUGUCGGCCGCGGGCCUGGUCACGCCAGUCGGCUGCCGGCCGCGGGCCUGGUCACGCCAGUCGGCUGUCGGCCGCGGGCCUAGUCAUGCCAGUCGGCUGUCGGCCGCGGGCCUGGUCACGCCAGUCGGCUGCCGGCCGCGGGCCUGGUCACGCCAGUCGGCUGUCGGCCGCGGGCCUAGUCACGCCAGUCGGCUGUCGGCCGCGGGCCUGGUCACGCCAGUCGGCUGUCGGCCGCGGGCCUGGUCACGCCAGUCGACUGUCGGAUGCUCGCGGACGCACGUCGCCCGCCUCGGUCACUCAUAGUUGCCAUGUUUAUUGUUGCAGUAUUACAUUGUGUUAUUCUAGUAGAAGUAUCAUUCAGAUUUAUUGGAUGAAUAUUGUAAUUAAUGGGAUUUAAUAAUAAAAAAUAAUAUAAGUGCGUGCUCUGUUAAACUUAACUGUAUAAAGUCUGUUAUAAAUUAUUAUUACAAAACUAUUCUACAUAAAAUAAUGAUCAAAUUUAAGAGCUUACAAUAAUACCUAUAAUUCUUUCCUAAAGAUCGCUAAGUAAAGGUUGCUGCUAGUGGAGGAAGCGCCGCUCGGUUCGCUCGGUUCGCUCGGGCUGCUCGGAGCACUCGGAGCGAGCGCAACAUGUAUGAGCACAUACAUCUGUGUGCUGCUGGUGGACGAUUAGCGCGGGAAGGGAUUUUCUUCACUCUUCUAUUAGAUGUUAAUGUGUAUAGAAUGAUACUAUUGUAUUAUAUUAAACGAAACCAAAAUGCAUUUAAUGUCAAUAAAUAUGUAAUAAAGUU